CCUAUGAUGUCUGCUUUGGAAUGGUGAGCGCAAUUUCUCAGCGUCGGCUUUAACCAGAGAAACGCACUAACCAAUCUGGAUAGCUUCUUCUCGAGGGGAGUCGCAUGAGUGCAGAUAUAAGCCCAGCAAACAAUGCAAGGCCAUUGCGAAUAUCCUUUUUCGAUAAAUUUGUGAUGCUUCACAACGAAAGCAACAGCGCGUUAGCUGCUGUGGUGCACUCAGAAGCCCUGUCUUGCCUUGCACGAGAAUGCUUCGUGACUUUAGUCGCAACGAUGGAGGGGCCAAAGAGUCAGAAUUGCAAGCUCAGCGUGACAAAUACGAGGUCAUGGAAUCAGAUUCCGGUUUGCCUCAUACGGUUUGUUGUCCAUGGUCUCUUGUCAGAGAAGGAGCAUGUCACGAGGAUACUGGACGCUGGGGAGCUUUACCUGCAACGACCAGACAGCUCAGAAUAUGACGUUAGGGUAAGGUAUUUCAAUCCCAUGUACCUUGUACCUACGGGCAAGGACAUACCGGAACGAACAGAAUUCCGCGGGAGUUUGAUUGGGAACCAGACAACCACAUCUUUUGAUGAGUUCCCGCUCGGGGAGGUCAUAAAAGACCAAGUUCAGAAAGUCUUUGAUGAACCAACUGUCUCCAGCUUAGUUUUGCCGCUGAAUGUGAAGCAAAGCUCGAGGAUAAUAACAAAAUUGAAGUGUCACCAGGUUGAGGCCCUCAACGUAAUGGUACGAAGAGAGCAUGGAGAUCCAAACAUUGAUACAACAUAUCCGUCUUUAUGGGAGAAGUGUGUCCAGGAAAAAGAAACGACAUACCGGCAUGCUAUAACGGGUUUUACUCAAGCCGCACCUCUCCCCAGCGUUAGUGGAGGCAUCCUAGCUGAUGAAAUGGGACUCGGGAAGACACUCUCUACUCUUGCACUCAUCUGCCAUCACCUCGAUAAGAUACCGAAUAUCUCGUCGUGCCAGACCGAUGCAAUUACCAGGGUUUCUCUGGUAGUGGCACCAAAGUCGACAAUCUUUGGAUGGCAGCAUCAGAUCGAAACACAUAUCAAACCCGGCAAGAUACGGAGUCUCGUGUUUCUUGGCCCCACACGACACCAAUUUAUCGACUCACUGCCCAAGUUGGACGUAGUUCUUACUACAUAUGAUACUCUUCGCUCAGACUGGAUGUCUAACGGCCCGCUAUACAACUUUACCUGGGCUAGAGUUAUUCUGGACGAAGCUCACAAGAUUCGCAAUUGCUCAACAAAAACUUUCCUCGCAGCAUCCGCACUCCGCGCCCGGUCCCGUUGGUGUUUAACUGGAACCCCGAUCCAAAACUCGCUUGAUGAUUUCGGGUCUUUACUGGCGUUCAUACGAGUUCCCCCUUUCACAUCGCGCGACCAGUUUCGUUUUUGGAUUUCUUCGCCCAUUAUGCUCAACCAACAACGAGACAUGAAACAGUUGCGAAAACUCGUGGCUGCCACUUGUUUGCGCCGCACCAAGCUGCGCUUGAAUACGGCACUCAACUUGCCAAAGAAGACAGAGCACAUUGAGGUCGUGGACAUGACAUCCGAGGAGAGAUGCAUCUACGACUUUUUUAUGAAGAGGUCCUAUCUACUGGCUCAUGAUGAAUCCAAAACGGUCCAGGAGAUCUCUGCAUGCGAUGAUGAGCAUCCCAAAAAGAGGCAAAAAAAGACUGCGUACAGUGUCAACCAACAGCUUACGACCCGCAGCAGAAGUGGUCAAAAUCCUGUUGUUCUGAUUUCGAUCUUGCGGUUGAUUUGCGAUCAUGGAGAGGCACUACUUCCAACCGUCGCUCUAGAGGCAUGGCAAAACCGAGAGCCGGGAAAAAUCACGUGGGACUUUCUUCAAACAACGGCCGAAAAAGAUUCGGACGAUGUCUUCAAUGUUGAAGAAGCUGAAAACGCAACAGAGCUGCAGGACGCACAUACGCUGGAGAAUGCAAGAAAAAGUGGCGCCGAUGGAGGUAGUAUUACUCAAGAACGAUCUGUAUUGCCGAUUCAUCCUGCCAUCUGGACGGGAGAAGAACACUCGCAUACAAAGAUAAGGAGGAAAAACGUCGGCCAAAAGUUUUCUCCAUCAUCCAAGGUCUCAGCCGUGCUUCGGAACAUACUGCACACGCUUCCAAAAGGGGACUCUUGCGAUAACCAUAGUCCCCCAGUCAAGAGUGUGAUAUUUUCGAGCUGGAUCGGCAUGCUUGAUCUAAUUGGUAGCGCUCUGAUUCCGCACCUUUACUCCUACAAUUUGACCUACGCCCGCCUGGACGGCAGCUGUGACUUGCAACAGCGCCGCAACGCCAUCAUCAAAUUUAGAAAUGAUGACAGAUGUGUUGUCUUGUUGGCUACUGUCGGUGCUGCAGGUGAAGGGAUUAAUCUGACUGUCGCCUCUGAGGUACACAUCGUCGAGCCGCUUUGGAAUCCCAUGGCAGAAGUGCAGGCAAUCGACCGCGUGCAUCGCAUGGGUCAGACUCGGGAGGUAAAGGUUAUGAAAUACUGUGUAAAACACAGUAUUGAAGAGGCAAGUUUUUGAUAGCUGUAUUCCUCAGAACCCGGGUGUUCAGAUACGAGGCUUCCCUUUUCGCUCCUGGUCUCCUCUUGCUGCUCAAUACUGACAUUCCAGAUACAUAGUACAUUCGAUGGAUUCAAGUCCAGAAGACAAAGACUAUACAUCAAGUUCUUCCUGCUCAAGAAAAUGAAUCACCUGACCAAACGGAUUGCUGGGAGGCAAGUAUUGAACCACGAUGGAAU